CGUCAUGGAAACAGAAACAAAUAAUGGAGCCAAGAAGACCACCAAAUGUAUAUAGUUUAGGAUUAGUUAAACAGUCAUGAAUGGAACAACGAUGGACCAUCAACAUCAGCACCAUCAUCAUCACAGCAAACACAGAAGCCAUAGUCACCAUGGUCAUGGUAGUCACCAUCAUCACCAUCAUCAUCGUGAACACCAUUCAUCCUCGUCCUCGUCAUCUUCUACUACGUCUCACCAUCAUCAUCAUAGUAAGCCGAGGAACUACAAGAUGUUGUCAGACCCAUUUUUGGUCAAGGGUGCUGCGAAGGUUUAUCGAUAUGAUGGAGUUGUACCGAAUGAUCCGACCUGCCCUCCUGUACAAGUUAGAGACCCAAGAUCGCAUCUCACUAGGAUAUGGACAAGAUUAGAACCUCUAGAUCUUCCAGUACCACGAUUCAAGAUUGAUGGAAACUACACCGGUGAACCCCCGCCUCUGGAAGUGACUAUUUUUAAUCUCAACGACAAUAUCGACAAAGCCUUCUUGCUGGAAAAGGUACAGAAGGCGGGGCCUGUUGAUGAGAUGUUUAUUUACUUCCACCCCUUGACCAACAAGCACUUGGGACUUGCGAGAAUUGUCUUUGAAGAUACCAAGUCAGCCAAAGCCUGCGUUGAUCGUCUCAACAACACCUCAGUCAUGGGAAAGUUGCUCAAAGUAUUUCUCGACCCUUUCGGUGAAGAGUGCCAGAAAAAGUUUACUGAAAUGACUUCUGAGAAAAAAACUGAAAAAGAAGUCACGACUGUAGAGACUAAAGCGGAGGAGAGUUCUUCCAAAUCCAAACCGAGUAAGGAAAAAGAAGAACCCUCGAAAGUCAAAUCAACAACCACAUCAAGUACGAAGUCUUCUGAAAAAGACAAGAUUAGUGAAGAAAAAGAAGAGAAGCAUAACCAAAAUAGUGACUACCGAAAUUUCAGAAGUCGGGAUUUUCCUACACCAAAUUCGUCAACCAGCUCAGAUCAAGGAUACCAUACGACACAAAGUGAAACACCUACAUACGGCAGUGGUUCUGAGAGGAACUACCCAUCCAGCUUUGCUAAUAGUACUGCCUCUCCCUUUGAAGCUCCUGCUUUUCCUCAGUUAAAUCAUGUUCAGCCUCUUCAGAGUAUGGCUUUCACAAUGCCCCCACCCAAUAUGGGGAAUCCGGGUAUUCCUCGUCCUCCUAUUAGCAUGGCUCUGCGCCACCCAAGACAUCCGAUGAGGCAUCCGAGCAUGCCGAUGCCGUAUCACAUGCCACCGCAUCACCCUCUACCUCCGCCCAACUGUCCCCCACCAAAUUGUCCUCCCCCAAACUGUCCUCCGCCCAACUGUCCUCCCCCUAACUGUCCUCCUCCACAUCAUCCACCCCUACCUCCUCCCCCAAUGGGCAUGAGACCACCCCAGUGGACUAACUGGUCGCACCAUCACCGCUGGGAAGGCCCACCAGGCCCACAUCCUUUGCCUAAAAGCACUCCGACCUGGAUUGCUCAUACAACCAUUGAAGAAAAAGGCCCACCUGUUAAUGUGAAACCACAAAUCAGUCCUGGGGCGACUCAAGGUGUAGGGCAGAGCCAGCAAAACUUAGAUCUUGACACUAGGAUAGAACUGCUUCUAAAAGAAAGAACAGCUGGAGGUAUGAACCCACCUUUUCUAAAAAUUAUGAGUGAUUCAGGGGAGUCUGAUGAUGAUUUGAGGAAAUCGCCGUCCAGCAAGCUAAAAGGAAAGCAAGAUACGAUAAACUCACGGCUGAAACAAGGUUUAGGAGAGAAUCAAUCGAAUACGUCGUGCGACAGUUCUCUCCCGACUGACAAAGAUAAGACUGUAGAUGAAGAACCUCGAUCUCCUCUUUCCCAGCCGCCUUCUCCCUUUGUAUCUGAGGAAGCUUACUUACAUUGGUAUAGAAAGGGUAUCGAACAAACGAGGAAAGCUAAAAUCCAAGAGUUGGGAUUUUUAACUAAUGUAGCCAAACUCGCUUCAAAGGAUGAAAUUCACAGUGAAAUAAGUUCAAGCGAAGAUGAAAUCCUUACAAGAAAAAGCCCUUCUUCCAAAGCAAAUGAAGAGGAAAUAGAACCUAAGUCGACUCCUCUUCAAGAUGAGAUUGACGAUAGAAUGAGCCUGUCAAGCUUGAGCUCAGGAGAUGAGAAGAUCGAGACUGUACCAACACCGUAUCAUCAUCAGCCUCCUCAACAUAUUCCUCCGCCUCAACCCUUACAUCCUCCUCUCCACCCCAUACAUCCACAUCCUCACAUGCCUCCUAUGAAUGGUCCACCACCAAGAUUCAUGUCCACUGUUCCACCCCCACCGAUGCCGUACCAGCCGUACCACCACAACAAUUACCACCAACCUCAUUUCCCUCAUAUGCCACCGGUUCAUCACCAACCGCAGCACCAUCCACAGUACCACCAACCUCCUCAGUACAACCAACCUCCUACAAACCCAUUCUGGCACAGACAACCGAUGCCUGGAGGCCCAGGUCCAGGCCCAGGCCCAAGCCCAUACCACAUGUACAAUAUGCCCUCCUACCCCCAGUUCCAUGGGAACUCACCUCAUGUUAACAGGCCUCAUUAUCCCAUGAGGCCUCCAACACCUGUUCAGACAAUGCCGAACAACUUUCAGAACAUUCCUCCGAGUACUCCAGCUUCACAACCGCCGCCGCUAUCCAAACCACUUCCUCCUUUGCUCAAAGAUGUUGUUGACGGUGUAACCAAAGAACUAAAACAAAUCUUGAAAAGAGACUUCAAUAGAAAAAUGGUUGAAAACACUGCCUUCAAGAGUUUUGAGCUUUGGUGGGAUGAGCAAAAACUGGCGGAACAGGAAGUAAAGACUGCUUCGGUAGACUCAGGAGCCACCACUACAAAGCCUGUUCCUACAGAGUCUCCGUUGACCAAAGACAGUUACCUCAACUCCAUCUUAGACCACAGAAGAGAACUAGAUUCUUAUGGUUCAUUUGGACUUGGGUUCCGUGCCACCCUUCCUAAAAUGCCAUCAUUUAGGAAAAAGGUACCACCACCACCACCACCAGAAGAGUCCAGGGACGGUGAAGAGCCUAUGGUCGUGGAGGAAGAAGAAGAUGAAGAUGAUCCAUCUCAGGGUGACUCAGGGAUUGCCUCUCAGAGUAAGGAAAGUCAAGAGUCUGAGGAGGUUCAAGAUGAUAGCACUAGUAGUGCCUCUGACUCUUCCUCAGACGACGAUGACUCAUCUUCCGACUCUUCCAGUUCUAGCGAGGAUGAGCCUAUCAUCAAAGCUUUGAGCUUCCUUGACGUUGAAGACAUUGAGAGAUAUUUGUCAACGAAAACACCAACUGGUCUGAGCACUCCCAUUCCGUCCGAUACAGAGAGCUGGAUAUCAGAAAAACCAGAUCUGACUGUUUUUGAGGUGGAACUAGAAGACAGUGAAAUGACUAUGGAAGAGCCAAGUCAGAGUGUAAUAGAGGAGAUGGAUGUGAUGUCACUGCCCAAGACUCCUAGAGUGGACCAUUCUAGUGAGAGUGAGGAUGAGACGACGUUAGCCAAGCGGAAAGAGAAGUUGGAGAAGAAAGAAGAACCUGUGCUGUCUCCUCCUCAGCUUUCACCUCCUCAUAUCAGUAAACCAGCCGUCCAGAAAGAGAAGUCCCGUUCAAAAGCUAACGGUGUGAUGCCAGAUGCAAUGCGGGACAUUUUGGAGCAGAAACUGCACAAAUCAAAGAACAGAACAGCACCUCCUCACAUAGCCCAAGACCACUCUUACUGUUUGCCUGCUAUAGACGUACCUGCAUACAUCAAUCAUGACCACGGCUACAGUUCCAAGAGUAAGGGACGAACCACUGAUGAACCUGACCUCAAGAGAGCCAAGACUGAACAAAUAACCACUCCUGCACCCAAGCCGAGUAAAUCAUACUCUAAGCGGCCCAUCAUGGAGGAGAUGCUUAUUCUUUAUGAGUUCCUCACCAAGGGUAUUGAUGAGGAAGACGUCAAGUAUAUGAGGCAGAGCUACGAGGCACUACUGUCGUCAGAUGAUAGUGUCAGUUACUGGCUCAACGACACUCAUUGGGUCGACCAUCCAAUUACAGACCUAUCUUCCGAUGUGCCCAAGAAUAUGAACAAGGACGACUGGCAUAUACACAAAACUGGUUGUGCAAGGAGUGAAGGGUACUACAAGAUAGAUAGGGUGCAGAAGGCCAAACAUAAGCAUCAUUUUGGACAAAACUUGGCCCCGAAGGAGGCUGAAUCUGAGAAACCAGAUCCGAUCUGCCCCAAGCCUCACAUGGGCAAGAUGUUGUCUAUCUCUCGUGAGGCUCGUAGUAACCAGCGUCGUCUGCUAACUGCCUUCGGAACUGUAACAGACAGUGACCUUCUCAAGUUCAACGGUCUUAAGUUUCGAAAGAAGCAACUCAAGUUUGCCAAAUCCAAGAUCCACGAUUGGGGCCUGUUUGCAAUGGAACCUAUUGCUGCAGAUGAGAUGGUUAUUGAGUACGUGGGUCAGAUGGUUCGGCCACUUGUGGCGGAUCUACGGGAGAAGCAGUAUGAAGCUACUGGCAUCGGCUCUUCUUAUCUAUUCCGAAUAGAUUUGGAGGCCAUCAUAGAUGCUACGAAAUGUGGAAAUCUCGCAAGAUUCAUCAACCACAGUUGUAAUCCGAAUUGUUAUGCGAAGAUCAUUACCAUUGAUGGUCAAAAGAAGAUUGUCAUUUAUUCCAAGCAACCUAUCGGCGUUAACGAGGAGAUCACUUAUGACUACAAGUUUCCUAUUGAAGAUGAGAAGAUCCCUUGUUUAUGUGGCGCACCGCAGUGUCGUGGUACGCUCAACUAAGCGUUUAAGCGUAUCUUUCCUCAUUGUGAUAAUUCCAUUUUAUCCACCUUGGUGGUUCAAGUAGUAAGUGAUGUACAUACCUGUAAAUUCAACACUAUUUUAAUACCUAGUGGUAGUGAUAGGUGGAUGCUGAUGCUGAUGCUGUUUACUAGUCCUGUGCUGUUAUCUUAGGUCGAGUCCAAAGGGAGCACCUAUGUGCGUGUAAAAAUAAGGUUAAUUCGCUCUUUUGUACGUGAAAAUGUAAACAAUAUGUUCCCUGUAACUGUGUUAAUAUGUAUAUAUGGAAAUUGUAUAGGUUUAUUUAUUUGUGUAGUUCUUCAUAAGUUCAGUAGCUAGAUAUGUUUAAUAAGUUAAUUUUUAUAGAAAAUGUUUGUAUAUUUUUAUUUUAUCAAAUACUAAAAGUACAAUUUUAAAAAGAGGUAUUGAUA